GCGCGUCUGUGUGUGUUUCCCAGGCGAGGCCUCCCUCCAGACACCCGAACAAGUCGAGCAGACCGCAGUAGUAAAAACUGUCUGGCUUUGAGGAACUAACCAGAAAGCAGUCAUGGGAUUUUGGCGACACUGACGUGGCCCCGAGCGCCUUCUUCUGGCCUCCCAAGAUGGAGCCCGAGGAGUGUGAGAUGACCGCCACGGUCAGCACGACCUUGACCGCUGUGCCUGACCACCAGAGGUACCUGACCCCCCGGUACGAGCGGGAGAUGAGGAAGAAGCGUAGCCGUAGUCUGAGCAGUCUGCCCAUCGGCCGUCGCAGCGAGAUCGGCAGGGGGGAUGGUGAGAUAUAAAUGAACACAUUCAAGAAGAGGUUGCCCACAAGACUCAGACCUAUAUGGUUGGCCGGCAAGAGGCAGAGACAGAAGUGGUUUUGGACAGACUCAUUCAGAGAGAGGGAAAUAAGGACAAGGCUCUGCUCUAUGUUGUCUCUGAGAUGCAUUCAGAGGUCAAGGUCCAAAGUUUUGUGAACACUCUACUUCAUCGUGGGGCUAACCCGUCUUUCUGUGAUAAGGAAUGGAGGACCCCACUGCACCACGCCGUGCGGAGAGGUUUUAAGGGCGUGGUGAGCAAACUGUUGGAGCAUGAUGCCCUGCCACACGUCAGGGACAAGAAAAAGACGUUACCUUUUCGUCUGGCUUUAGAGGAAAACUUUGAUGAAAUUGGUGCUAUGCUCCUUCAGUCCAUGCCAAACCAUGUAGUUAGAGAUCUGUUCAUUACCCACGACAACAAUGAAGCUGAGUGUACCUUUCACAGUCUCCUAGACAGAAACAUGCAGGAAUCUGCCCUGGCCGUUCUUGACUGCAUGAUCGACAAGAUUGGUCAGACUGGACACGUACGUGUAUAUUACCACAUACUGGAAGCUGACGAGAAGGGGAGGCCACCCACACAUCCUGAUUUUCAAAAGAAUUCCAGAUCAUGUCUACAUCUGAUGUCAAAAGAGGGGAAUAAGGAUGUCAUUUUUCACUUUGUUGUAAGGCUGCUGAUUCGAAGGAAGUGGAAAGAAUUCGCAAGAUUACGAUUUCAGCUGAACUCCUUCCUGUUUCUCCUGACCUUGAUGUCCUUGACCUUCUCAGUGGUGGUGUCUGUGGUGACCCCCGACCCCACAGUUUACGACACCCCGCUACACGUCGCCAGAGCAGUAUUUGAAGUAUGGGCCGUGAUGACUGUGGUUGUUACCUUUAUUGUGGAGCUGAACCAGUUUAGAAAGCACAAGCUGGAGUACUGGCGCGAUCAGUUCAACUGGAUCGACAUUUCUUCCUCCGGACUUCUCAUCACCGUUGUGCCUCUUCGCUUCUGCCACGCUCAGGAACAGUGGCCAGUGUUUGCCAUGGGCUAUCUGCUCUGGACGCUUCGUAUCUUCAAGUACGCUGCUGUUUUCAGACAGACUGGUGCGUACGCCCAAAUCUUGUGGCGGAUCAUAUCCCACGACUUCCUGCAGUUCACCGUUGUGUUCCUCGUCAUCUUACUGGCCUUCAGUGGCUCCUUCGUGCUGGCGCUGAGAGGAGAAGAUUCCCUCAGUGUUCAUAAUGAGACGAGUGACUUUUGGCAGGUGCUGUUUACUGGCGUGCGCAUCUUGAUAGAGGGUCAGCCAGUCGUAGAGUAUUCUGGGGAGUACGGCUACAAGGUAAUGAGCUGUAUUCUGAUGGUGGUGUUCCUGUUUUUCUGCUGUGUGGUUCUCCUCAACAUCCUCAUCGCCCAGCUCUCAGACACGUACCAAAACGUCCAGAGAGACGCUCAGCGAGGACUCGAACUCAACAGGGCCUGGAUCAUAACCAGGGUAGAGCUGAACUCGCUGUUCAUUGGGAAAAGCUACCGGGUCUCCAAAUAUACUGAGGCUGAAGAGUUGAGCAAUCCGCUGAACGUGCUGGAGAAGUGGGAAUCUCCACUCCUGAAUGAGAUGAGUAAAAACGUCCGUGAAGUGCAGGAGAGUCUUGUGUCGACCCACCUCAACAUGCAGACCAUUACGAACAGACUGAGCAGGCAGGAGUAUGCUCUGAAGAGGAUUCAGGAACAACUCAAUGAAGUGCUACAGUGCCAAAAGAGUUCCAUCGAAAAAAAGCAAGCUAAAUGAUUUGUUGAAUAUCAUGUUUUAUUAUUGUUGCCUACUUUUUGAAUGAUUGUGUGGCUAAAAUGUUGGAAUGAUUGUAUAACUAAAAUGUUUGAAUGAUUGUGUAACGAAAAUGUUUGAAUGAUUGUGUAACUAAAAUAUUUGAAUGAUUGUGUAACGAAAAUGUUUGUUAGAAAGCAUACCUUUGUCUGCUGAAGAAUGACUAUCAUGUUUGCUGUAUGAAUUUGAAUGCAAUAAAACAC